AUGGAAGACUCAGGACACUGUGAAAUUCUGAUGAGUUGCAAUAUCAUCGGGCAGUUCCCAAGUGAUCUGGAUGCCCCUUUUCUGGAUGUCUUUGGUAGGAGCAACACUAGUAUUAAGCCAAAGGAGGACAGCUUCUAUCUUCUCGACUGGGCUAAUUCCUUGAAGGCUGAAGGAAAAUUAAUAGAACUGGUCGAUCCAAGACUAGAAUCAAACUUCAAUGAAGAAGAGGUGAUCACGACUAUCAAUUUGGCGCUCUGUUGUACCAAUGCUAUAGCAGCCGAAAGACCAAGUAUGUCAGUAGUGGUAAGCAUACUAGAAGGAAGAGCACAUGUUGGAGAGUUCGUUUCAGACUCAAAUGUCUCAAUUUACAAGAUGAAGCCAACGGAAAUAACGAGUCAAGACCAUGUUACUAACUCGAGUAUUUCAGUGGAUAUGCCUUGGACUUCUUCCUCAAAAUCAACUUCUGAUCUGUAUCCAAUCACUUUAGAUACUGAUAAUUGGGAAGAUUGA